AUGCAACGUCGUUUAUUAACUGCAAUUCGAUACUUUUCAUCAAAUGCAGCUGAACAAGAAGCUUCUCAUGUCAAGGUCGAUGUCAGCUAUAUGAGGCCUCGCCACAGGAUAAUGGCUUCUGGCGGUAUUCCUCCUGUUCAGUUUGAAUUCGAACGUGAUCGCAUCUCUCGUCGCGAAAGAUUCGGAAAAUAUGGUCUUGCAUCUGGAGUUGCUGUUGAAGAACUGUUUCCGACUGUUGAGGAAAUCGAAGAAGAGCAAGCUCUCGGACUUUACCACGAGUUGAAUGAUGCAUUGAAACAACAUAAAGAGCUGCAGCAGAAAAAGAAAGUUGCCGAAGAGGCGAGACUUGCCGAGCUCGAAAAAAAUCUGAAAAAAUAUCCAAGUAUUCUCGCCAAAUACGAAGCUGGUCUUAUAAAACAAGAAAAGGAAAAGGAUGAGAAAGAAUUGGCGCUAGAAAAGAGAAUUCGAGAAAUUCAAGAAUACUUUGGGUACUGGAUGGAUCCAAAAGAUCCAAGAUUUGAAGUUAUGCUCAAGCAAAAAGAAGAAGAAGAGAAAAAGGCUGCCAAGCUCGCGAAACGCCAAGAAAUGGCUAAAAAGAAAUUUGCUGAAAAUGUGUAA